CCCAACAACCAGCAGACGACUUUCAUUUAUACAUUAUACAAGUCAAUCUCACUUGCAUUCAUCCCUCUUAACUCUUGCUUCCUAUCUUACAAAAAAGAUAAUAAUGGCUGUAAUCGAAGUUUUUCUAGGUGCAGUUCUCACUGUUUUGCUUGAGAAGCUGGCCUCUGGUGAGCUACUGAAAUUUCUGCGUCAUGUAGGAAUCGACGCCCAGCUGGUAGAAUGGAAGACAACUUUGAAGAGGAUCCAGGCAGUGCUUACUGAUGCUGAAAACAAGCAAACAACGGACAAAGAUGUGAAAGAGUGGCUAAUUGAUCUGGAAGAUUUGGCUCUUGAUCUUGAAGACUUAGUGGAUGAGUUGAAUACUGAAGCCUUGCAGCGCAAAUUAAAGGAAAAUAAAGGCAGCACCAGUAAGGUAAAAAAGCUCGUCCCCACUUGUUGUACUAAUCUUUCUUUCACUGAUUUCAUGUCUGAUCGCGGGAUUGCUUCCAAGCUAAAAGAGGUCAGUGGCCGGUUGAAAGAUCUGGAAGAACAGAAAAAAUUUCUCGAUUUGGUGGAAAAUGUAAGGGGAAGGUCUUAUGGAAGAUUGCCAACAACUUCGCUCGUGGUAGAAUCGAAAGUUCAUGGAAGAGAGAAGGACAAGGAGGAAAUACUGAAUAUCUUAUUUGGUGUUGAAUCAAAUGAUAGUCAAAUAUCCGUGAUUCCAAUUGUGGGCAUGGGAGGUAUCGGCAAAACAACUCUGGCCCAACUUGUGUAUAAUGAUGAAAGAUUGAAGGACAAGUUUGAUCUUAAGGGAUGGGCUUACGUUUCGGAGGAAUUUGAUGCUGUAAAAGUAACAAAAAACAUUCUUGAGUCAGUUUCUUCUGGUGGAAAGUGUGAUUAUGAAAAUUUUGACACGCUUCAGAACAAACUAAAGGAGAGCCUUUCAAACAAGAAAUUUCUAGUAGUUCUAGAUGAUAUUUGGCAUGAAAAUUACGAAGAUUGGGAGAUCCUAAGCCGUCCUUUUCUUGCUGGAAAACCUGGAAGCACAAUCAUCAUUACCACUCGACAAGAAAGGGUGGCCAAAAUCAUGUCUGAAAUUCCAGCAUACAAUCUGGAUCUGUUAUCAGAGGGCGAUGCUUUAUCAUUGCUAGCUCAACAUGCAUUUGGAGCUAAAACUUUUGACGGUCAUCCAGCUUUAAUAGAGAUUGGUAAGUCUAUGGUAAGAAGAUGUAAGAUGUUGCCCCUGGCAGUAAAGGCCCUUGGGGGGCUUCUUCGAGUUGGUCGUGAAGAUUGGGAAAAGGUGUUGAAAAGUGAAAUCUGGAUGAAUGAAGAAAAUAUUGGAAUUCUUCCUGCUCUAAAACUGAGUUAUCACCAUCUUCCUCCGGAAUUGAAAAGAUGCUUUGGUUACUGUGCUCUCUUUCCCAAGGACUACGAAUUUGACAAGUUCCAACUAGUGUACUUUUGGAUGGCUGAAGGUCUUCUGCAGGAAACAAAGAAAGAUAAGUUAAUUGAAGAUGUUGGUAGUCAAUAUUUUGAUGAACUAUUGGCUAGAUCAUUCUUCCAACAAUCAAGUGCCAAUGCUUCACGCUUUGUGAUGCACGACCUCUUUAACGAUCUAGCUAUGUCUGUUGCUGGUGAUAAAUGUUUGAGGAUGGAUGAUGAACUGCAGGAGAUUUCUGUAAAGGUCCGUCACUUGUCAUUCAAGCGCAGGAUGUUUGAAACUUAUCCUAGAUUUAACUUUCUUGACAAAGUUCAAAAGUUGAGAACCUUUUUGCCACUACCUGUUGAGGCGUCAUUUAAUUACUUAUCCCAAAGAAAUUUGCUUCACCUAUUCGCAAAUUCAUACUGCUUAAGAGUGCUAUCCUUGAAUGGUUAUGCCAUAUAUGAGUUGCCAGAUUCUAUUGGUGAUUUAAGACAUUUAAGAUACCUGGGCCUAGCUGGAACAAGACUGAGGUGGUUGCCUGAAUCUGUGUGCACUCUUAUCAAUUUACAAGUGUUGAUUCUAAGUGGUUGUAGUAGACUUACCAAAUUACCCACAAGCAUGGAAAAUCUUGUUAAACUUCGGUAUCUGGACAUUACUCAUACUUGCAAUUUACAUGAGAUGCCUCAGGGAAUUGCUCAACUAACAAGUUUGCGAACGUUAACUAAGGUGACUGCAAGUAAAAAUAAUGGAAUGAGUUUAAAGGAGUUGGGCAAUCUAUCAUUUCUACAAGGUAAUAUUUCUAUUGAGGAAUUGCAAAAUGUUGUGAAUGUUAAAGAAGCAACGGAAGCAAGGCUAAUGGAUAAGCCAAGCCUCAACGGAAUAAGGUUGGAAUGGAGCGCAGGCUUUGAUGAUCCUCGGAAUAAAAUUUUAGAAUUGAAUGUGCUUAAUGCAUUAAAGCCCCAUAAGAACUUAUCAACACUUGAAAUCAAGUAUUACGGGGGUGAGAAUUUCUCUAAUUGGAUUGAAGAUUCAGCAUUCCUUAAGUUAGCAAGGAUAAGCUUUGAAUAUUGUAAAAAUUGCACGAUUUUGCCACCAUUAGGGCAACUACCUUUGCUAAGAGACUUAAGCAUUCGAGGCAUUGAUCAAGUAAAAGUGAUUGGAGCUGAAUUUUAUGGAAAUAGAGGCCAUGGAGAAUUACCUUUUCCAUCACUCAUUAAUCUGACUUUUAGUGACAUGUCUAACUGGGAGGAAUGGGUUGGAAUAGGAGGUGUUAUCCAACUUCCUAAGCUAUGCUCAUUGAUUAUAACUGAUUGUUCAAAAUUGGUCAGUCUUCCAAAUCUUUUACUGCCAUCCCUACGUCACAUAAAUGCUGCUGGGUGUAAUGAGGUGGUGCUAAAUAGUAUGCAGAAUUUGAAAUCUUUAACCAGCAUAAUAUUGUGUAGAAUUUUCGGAUUAACUUCAAUUAUCAAAGCAUUUGUACACUUUCCUUUUACACUUGAAAGUGUCACAGUUAAUGAAUGUCACAACCUUGUGACUCUAUGGCCAGGUGAUAGUACUGCACGAAACCUAGUUGACCUACAACGCGUGGAUAUUGACAGUUGUCCUCGGCUAUUGUCCCUUCAAGAGAUUGACGUUCUUCCCGAUCUUAGGAGACUUUAUAUAAGAAAUUGUGGAGCUCUGGAGUUGUUGCCUCAUAAAAUAUCUUGUCUUGAGAGAUUGUCUAUCAACAAAUGUCCAUCGUUAAGGACGAUGAUGAAGCUACAGAAUUGCAACAUCUCGCUCGAUUAUCUAAAAAUUUCUCGUGUGAAUUUGAAUUUGGCAAAUUUACUAGGCUCUGGCUCCAAUUACCAAAGUCUCACUCAUCUACAAAUACGGUCUUGUGAUGGUCUAGAAUUGUUUCCCAAUGGAGGCUUGCCCACACCAAAUUUAAAACUACUAAAGAUAAUUGAGUGUCAACAUCUCAAGUCGUUACCUGAUCGGAUGGAUCUACUUUCAUCCCUUUCGUUCCUGGGGGUGUCUUCUUGUGCUUCAUUGAAGGAACUCUUUCCCCAGGAGGAUAUUCCCCCAAAUCUGUGUCACCUUGAUAUCAGAAAUUGCGGAAAACUAAAACCCCCGGGGGAGUGGGGCCUACACAAACUCACCUCUCUUCAAACCUUUGAAUUUGGUGGAUGUCUAGAGCUGGUUUGCUUCACUAACAAUGCUGACGAAGAACACUGUGUGCUUCCUCCAUCUCUAACAGCUUUGUCGUUGGAUGACCUGCCGAAUCUCGAAACACUAUCAAGGGGCUUCCAAAGCCUCACCUUUCUUCAACAUUUAUGCAUCUCUAGAUGCCCAAAGCUUGAGGCGUUGCCUAUGGGAGACUAUCUUGAAAAGCUUUUGAGCCUUGACAUUCAAGGCUGCCCACUUCUUAAGAAACGGUGUUUGAAGAACAAAGGAGACUACUGGCCCAUCAUUGCUGACAUUCCGGUCGUCGAAAUUGAUUCCCGAUCCAUCUAUGAUCCAUGUCCAUGAAUUCAAUUACACGAGGCAUUUUCUGAUUACUUGUAAGAACACAAGAUGGAAUGAAUGUGUCUCUUCAUUAGACCUUCAAAAUGUCGCUGUGAGCAUAUUGCCUGUCAAGAAGAAUCAUUUGAGUUGAGGACGAUAAGAUGUUACAUUUUUUAGCUAUGCUGUUUUUCAGCUUACUCCAACUUGAACUCGGCUAAUGUUGCUAGAAGAAAAUCGAAUUUCUUUCUGCUCAAACGAUGGAAUGAUGAUUGAUGGCAUCACCUGGUUGCUGAAAUGAUAGGAUUGUCGUAGACAUGUUCAAUUGGCACUUGAUAGAGGUCUCCCUUCAAUCAAAACUUAAUCUAAAGACAGCUCCCUCUUCAUCCUUUGUCAUAUGAAGUGGUUCACUGCACUCAAUGUAGCAUUGUCUGUGAUAACAAAGAAGGAAAAGAAAGCGAAUGAUCCAAACAAGCCAAAGAGACCUCCAAGUGCUUUCUUUGUUUUCAUGCUAGAGGGGCUGUUGAAUUCGACAAGGCAAAGUCUGAGGUUAAUGGUGAUGAGGACGAUGAGAACAGUGGAGACGAGGAAGAUGAUGAGUAAGCACUAUCAUGAA